UGGCGAGAUUUUGAAGAUCAAAUUGUCCAGAGGACUGAGGACAGUACAUCUCCAUGGCAAAGGGCGGUCUUGUCUUGUACAGUGCGCUGGUUCUCUGGUGUUGUAGCUUUGUGUUGACUCAAUGUGCUCCUAAAAGGGCUCGGGUUCAUCACCUUCCUGGAUUCAAUGGCUCUUUCCCUUCCGAACACUAUUCUGGGUAUGUGACGAUUGAUCUGCACCAUGGCAAGCGCUUAUUCUACUAUUUUGUGACAUCGGAAGGGAACCCUUCAAAGGAUCCGGUGGUUCUGUGGCUAAAUGGAGGACCGGGAUGUUCGAGCUUUGAUGGUUUCGUGUAUGAGCAUGGACCUUUCAAUUUUGAAGCCGCAAAGACCCAGAAAAGCCUACCGCGACUGCAUUUGAAUCCCUACAGCUGGUCCAAGGUCUCCAACAUUAUUUACUUGGACUCUCCUGCCGGUGUUGGAUUAUCGUAUUCUGGAAAUUCGAGCGACUACCGUACAGGUGACUUCCAGACUGCUCACGAUUCUCAUACAUUUCUCCUCAAGUGGUUUCACAUCUACCCAGAGUUCCUUCCCAACCCAUUCUUCGUAGCUGGAGAGUCAUUUGCGGGGAUCUAUGUGCCAACUCUUGCAUCUGAAGUAGCGAACGUUAUUGAUACUGGAGUGAAGCCCGUUCUCAAUCUCAAGGGUUAUAUUAUUGGUAAUGGAGUCACUGAUGAAAAAUUUGACGGCAACGCUCUCGUUCCCUUCGCGCAUGGGAUGGGCCUGAUCUCGAACGACCUGUUUGAGGGGACUAAGAGGGAAUGCAAAGGGAAGUACUAUGAGCCGCGCAGUUCAACUUGUGAGAGCAAAAUGGUAGAAGUUCAUGAGGAUAUAAAGGAUGUAAACAUAUAUGACAUCCUGGAACCAUGUUACCAUGGGCCAUCAACAUGGAAAGUUACGGCUAAUAAUGAAAGGUUACCUCCUAGCUUUAGGCGACUGGGAGAGACUGAGCGGCCUCUUCCUGUGAGAAAUAGGAUGUUUGGCCGUGCCUGGCCUCUUGGAGCUCCCGUGAGGGAUGGACCUGUUCCAACAUGGCCGCAGCUUCUCAGCAGCAACAGCGUUCCAUGUACUAGUGAUGAAGUUGCGAGCGCGUGGCUGAAUGAUAAAGAAGUCAGGAAAGCGAUACAUGCGGAAGUGCAAAGCGUGACAGGCGAUUGGAACUUAUGCACAGGCAGACUCUUUUACAAUCAUGAUGCUGGAAGCAUGAUUAAGUAUCACAAAAACCUCACUGCUAGGGAUCGAGCGCUCAUAUUCAGUGGUGAUCAUGAUAUGUGCAUUCCCUUCACCGGUUCCCAAGCUUGGACAAGGUCUAUGGGUUAUAAAAUCGUGGAUGAGUGGCGACCUUGGAUGUCUAAUGAACAAGUUGCCGGGUACAUUCAAGGAUAUGAUCACAACCUCACCUUCUUAACCAUCAAGGGAGCUGGACAUACGGUCCCUGAAUACAAACCUCGAGAGGCAUUGCAUUUCUACAGCCGUUUUCUAAGAGGAAAGCGGAUAUGAAGAAAAGCUUGCUUUCCGAUGCUGAUAAUUGCAGAACGGAGAGGAAAGAGAUUGAGAUUGCAGAAAUUCUUUCUUUCAUAUUGCACUUUUCUCCUUUCACCCGGUAUGAACUUUGAGGACUUUGAUAAUUUGAUGAACGUAAAGAUGUCACUAGAACAUUAAUAAUGAUGCAGAG